AUGGCGAUAUUGCGCUGUUUGGCUCGGCGGCCGAAUGCCCUACAGUCGCUGGUGGCAGGUGUUUCGAGGAGAACACCAACACCGUCCUUCACCCGCAACAUAUACUCGGUCCCGACACUGAACAACCAUGUCGACCUUCAGCAGAAUGGAAUCCCAGGCCUGCUCUCCCCCAAUGGCUUCAACACGGCCUACACGGACUACCAACAACACAUGAUUGACGAACUCAACGAGUCAACAGCGGGCACAGCAUUCGAGAACCAAGACCCCAAAUCCCUUGUCAUAGAAUUCGCCCGAGACCCCACGAAAGCGUAUGCGUUCAACGUCGCCAGCAUGGCCUUCAACAACCACUUCUUCUUCCGCGGCAUCAACACCAACCCAGGCGUGCAGUCGCAGCCAUCUGAAGACCUCGAGAGGCAAAUCAACAAGGACUUCUCAUCGAGAGACACGCUGCGUGAGACCUUUCUCGCAACCGCCGAGGCCAUGUUCGGCCCCGGUUUCGUCUGGCUAGUGCAGACCAACGACACACAAUUCGGCAGCCUGCGCAUCGUGCCCACCUACCUCGCCGGAUCACCGUUAUCGGGCGCGCACUACAGACGCCAGUCGCACGACCUGAACACGCACAACGCCGAAUCCUACGAAGAGCUGAACAAGGUGGGCUCGUUUGGCAGGGCAGCACAGCAGCAGCCGCUGGGGCCCAAGAAGCCGCUGGGUGGUGUGGAUGUGGUGCCACUGAUGUGUGUCAACACAUGGGAACAUGCGUGGCUGCCGGACUACGGCGUCAAGGGAAAGAGGGCCUUCCUCGAGGCAUGGUGGGACAGGAUUGACUGGGACCUGGUCAGGCAGCACGCGACUUUGAUAUCGAGACAAAGUCAAGGCCAGCAAAAGUUCCUCUAUGAAUUGUGA